AUGUAUGGGCAAGGCGAAUUGAGUAAAGUAAAAAUCCGUCCAGGUCAAGAAGUUGUGCGAAACGCUGACGGCAACGCAGCAGCAAAUCAAGAUCCAACCAAUUUGCUGCAAGGUGCACAACCUCUUCCAAAAUGCGCACAUGCUGUUGUUUUUGUUGUAAAGGCGAACGACCCGCGAUUGAGAGACGGAAAAUACAAGGAGACUUUGCAGAAAAUCAGAGAGCACUUUAGAGAAGAUGGUUAUGCUCCUGUGACUGUAAUCACCUACCUGGACAGGCUUGUAGAAAAGGAGGAAAAAGAAGAAGCUUUUGACCAGGCCUCCUGGGCCACCGGCAGCUCCAGUGAGAAGACCUACUUCAUUGCAAAUUACACGCACGCCAAAGCUGAGCAGUCUCAUGAAGUGGAUCGAGCAGCCCUUGACAUCUUGGAUUCUGUUCUGUUGUCUGCCGAAAGGUUUAUCAGAAUCCGUAAACAGCGAGAGAAAAAUAAGAUGGACAGAGAAGUCAUGGCAGGAGGACCAUCUCCCAGUGGGGAGACCAUUGAGCAGUUCUUAGCCCGUCUGCAGCACAAGCACCACUGGUCUGAGCAGGGCAAGAUGAAAGCUUUGAAGGAACACCUGAAGCAAGAAGAGAUCAAUACUCUAAAGGUGCUAAAGGAAAUGUGGGAGGACAUCAAGUCGAGUCUGCCGUUGUCGAUUGGAAUGAAGAUAGUCUUGGAAGAAGAGAUGAGGCGCUUGUGAAGAAGCCCUUGCACAAAACAAAACAAAAUGAUUUUAGCGAGAAAAAAAAAGAUAAUUAUAAACAAAAGAGCUUUGAUUUUUUAGAUUAGUUAAGUUGGAAAAUGCCUGGCUGGUGGUUUGCACAAAAAAAAAAAGGGAACACACUGGAUAGAUUUCUGAUUACACUUUUUACCCUUAUUUUUAUAGAAAAAAUUGCGGUUGAAGUGAUUUCUUUAUCCAUGAAAAAGUCCUCUGAAAAAGUUUAGCCAGCGAGAGGUCUGUAAGAGGUCUGGGACUAACUGGCCCUCAGUAUCGACUCCAGACCCUCAGCCGAACUCGCACCUGCUCGCUUUGCUAAUUAAAGGCUUCGAUCUUUCUCGUGGACAAAGAAACACUUUGGUCACAGUGCUAACAAAAAGCGCUUGCACGCAGAAUAAGGUUGCGUUGACCAUGUUUACUAGGCACCGUAAUUGAUAAGUUAUUGUUGUUUACGUAUCGUGUUAUUCAAAAGCUAUUCGAUCUGACAAGGUGGUCAGAAAACGAUUGCUGCCAGAUAGAAAGGGAGGCAUCAUCACUUUCAACUGAUUGACCGUUGUUCAAAAAAAAUUAUAUGCCUGAUUAAACACCAAUAAAAGGAAAUAAAAUACCUUUCUGUUAACUUCA